GAAUGUUUCAGGUCCUCAGAGUAAAGAUUAUAGAAAGACUAGUGUUAACCUAUCAGCAUCCUACCACACAGUGAUUCUUGACUCCUUGCAGUACUAUGGCUAAUGGUUUCUUGAGCAGCCUGCUUGAAUGAUUUGGGCCCCGGACCUGUCUGCUGGUGCAGUGGCGGCCAUGUUGUUUUAAGGGGGUUGAACAGGGGUGGGGAAUAUGAAGGGAUCAGGUGGUUGAUCCUGUGGGUAGUAAAUCCCUCAGGCUGCUGUUUGAAGCCGUGACACCGCCCUCUCUCUGCCCACACGGCCCUCUCCACCCUGCCUACCACUGAUCACACACACACACACACACACACACACACACACACACACACACACACACACACACACACACACACACACACACACACACACACACACACACACACACACCACAUCUGGCAUCAGUAGGCUACACUUCCUCACACAGGGAACUGGCGAUGGGGGAAGAUAAUCGAUACAGCUACAUGUCGGGAUAAACAUUUUUACGAUACAUCGUAUCGUUUUGAUAAUAUCGCAUUAUUUUUGUGCUAGUUGUCUGUACCUGCACCAAAACUCCAGUAUUUAUGAGAUGCUGGCUGUAGAAGGAGUUGCUGGCUGUAGGAGUUGCUGGCUGUAGAAGGAGUUGCUGGCUGUAGAAGGAGUUGCUGGCUGUAGAAGGAGUUGCUGGCUGUAGAAGGAGUUGCUGGCUGUAGAAGGAGUUGCUGGCUGUAGAAGGAGUUGCUGGCUGUAGGGAGUUGCUGGCUGUAGAAGGAGUUGCUGGCUGUAGGAGUUGCUGGCUGUAGAAGGAGUUGCUGGCUGUAGAAGGAGUUGCUGGCUGUAGAAGGAGUUGCUGGCUGUAGGAGUUGCUGGCUGUAGAAGGAGUUGCUGGCUGUAGGAGUUGCUGGCUGUAUGAAGAGAUGCUGGCUGUAGAAAAUCCUUUCUCAUCCCGGCAGGCUGACACUUCCAGCUGUACACAGGGCUAUUAAUAGGAGCUCAGCGACACACACAUUCGUCAGGCACCGUAGGAACAGACACACACACACACACACACACACACACACACACACACACACACACACACACACACACACACACACACACACACACACACACACACACACACACACACACACACAAGUCUUUUCCUGUAGCCACUCCGGCUGGUUUAAGGACAGAAGCAGUACUAGAGUUUUAUGAUGACUGAUGAUGCAGGAGUAUCAGAGCAGAGGAGCCCCAGUCAGAGAGAUAACACUAGAUUAUAGUAGUAGAGUCAGAGAGGUAACACUAGAUUAUAGUAGUAGAGUCAGAGAGGUAACACUAGAUUAUAGUAGUAGAGUCAGAGAGGUAACACUAGAUUAUAGUAGUAGAGUCAGAGAGGUAACACUAGGUUAUAGUAGUAGAGUCAGAGAGGUAACACUAGGUUAUAGUAGUAGAGUCAGAGAGGUAUCACUAGGUUAUAGUAGUAGAGUCAGAGAGGUAUCACUAGGUUAUAGUAGUAGAGUCAGAGAGGUAUCACUAGGUUAUAGUAGUAGAGUCAGAGAGGUAUCACUAGGUUAUAGUAGUAGAGUCAGAGAGGUAACACUAGGUUAUAGUAGUAGAGUCAGAGAGGUAACACUAGGUUAUAGUAGUAGAGUCAGAGAGGUAACACUAGGUUAUAGUAGUAGAGUCAGAGAGGUAACACUAGGUUAUAGUAGUAGAGUCAGAGAGGUAACACUAGGUUAUAGUAGUAGAGUGAGAGAGGUAACACUAGGUUAUAGUAGUAGAGUCAGAGAGGUAUCACUAGGUUAUAGUAGUAGAGUCAGAGAGGUAACACUAGGUUAUAGUAGUAGAGUCAGAGAGGUAACACUAGAUUAUAGUAGUAGAGUCAGAGAGGUAACACUAGGUUAUAGUAGUAGAGUCAGAGAGGUAUCACUAGAUUAUAGUAGUAGAGUCAGAGAGGUAACACUAGAUUAUAGUAGUAGAGUCAGAGAGGUAACACUAGGUUAUAGUAGUAGAGUCAGAGAGGUAACACUAGAUUAUAGUAGUAGAGUCAGAGAGGUAACACUAGAUUAUAGUAGUAGAGUGAGAGAGGUAUCACUAGAUUAUAGUAGUAGAGUCAGAGAGGUAACACUAGGUUAUAGUAGUAGAGUCAGAGAGGUAUCACUAGGUUAUAGUAGUAGAGUCAGAGAGGUAUCACUAGGUUAUAGUAGUAGAGUGAGAGAGGUAACACUAGGUUAUAGUAGUAGAGUCAGUUAGAGAGUGUAGUACGAGCUGUCUCCAUGGCAACUAUCAGUAUUUAGGAAGGUUAGGCCCUCCAGGUCUGAGUAAUAGGACAUAGACUGUAUGUACUGUAUAACCCCAGUGUUAUUUAUCCCCCAGGUCGUUGCUGUAAGUGAGAACGUGUUCUCAGUCAACUUACCUGGUAAAAUAAUGGAUAAAUAUAUAUAUAUAUUUUUUUUUUUAAAUACACACUUAACUACGACAGUAUAUCCAUAACAAUACCCUGUAAAUCAGAGAAGGAAGUGAGUGAGUUUGUCGUUAUAACCUGUACAUACCUGCUUUACACUCAUCAAAUGCUUUCAAUAGCGUUGUUUCGCCUCACACGAUUUUUGGCACGAAUUAAAGACAUCAAUAAAGUUUUUUUGAAUUUUUCUUUUUGAAUGACCUUAUCAUUUCAUCUAUUUCCUCCCAGACUUGGACUGGUGACAGACGACUGCAGAUGAGAUACAGUCUUCAUGUUGUGGGCUUGCAGUACGUCGAUAUUAGUCCCGCAUUGAUGUUCGUUCAGAUUUUACAAGAUACUUUAUUGAGACAGGAAUGUGACCUCAUCAACUCAUAUAAAACUAUAGUUUAAAAUAUGAAAUGAGUGGUUGAGGGUGUUGAGGUUAGAUAUAGAGUAUAUAGGCCUACACCUGUUAUCAUCUUAUUUGGAGAGGUUUAAACUACGGGAAGUAAGGCUAGAUUGAAAAAAUACAUUGUUGUCAACAUUUUUAUUUCCCCAAGAACGUAAAGUCGACACAGCUUUCUUACUCUGAAGUAAUAAGAAUGUCAAUUAAAGGAUCCUCACAAAGAACAACCGCUUGCAUACAAGUAUUACUGUGUUUAAUGUGCCAGGGUUUAUUGUAGUCACCUUUCAUGGACAGAUGGGUACAGUAACACUCCGGCUUUGAUUGGAUCAGUCAGAGGGUUUACCUGAGGACAGGUGUUCUGUUCUGUUCUAUUCUCUUCUGUUCUGUUAUCUUCUGUUGUGUUCUGUUCUGUUAUGUUCUGU